AUGUCUAAAGUCGUGCGAAGUGUGAAGAACGUUACAAAGGGGUAUUCGUCGGUGCAGGUCAAGGUUCGAAAUGCUACAAGUAAUGACCCCUGGGGCCCGACGGGUACCGACAUGGCCGAGAUCGCUUCUAUGACGUUCAGCAGUCCGACCGAUUUCUACGAGAUUAUGGACAUGCUGGAUAAGCGACUGAAUGAUAAGGGCAAGAACUGGCGCCAUGUGCUCAAGUCGUUGAAGGUCUUAGAUUAUUGUCUCCACGAAGGUUCCGAGUUGGUAGUCACAUGGGCGAGGAAGAAUGUCUACAUUAUCAAGACCUUGCGGGAGUUCCAAUAUGUCGAUGAGGAUUCGAGAGAUGUGGGUCAAAAUGUUCGUGUUGCCGCGAAGGAGCUUACCUCCCUUAUCAUGGAUGAGGAUCGAUUGCGAAGUGAGCGAUCCGAUCGGAAGCUUUGGAAAUCCCGCGUGAGCGGGCUCGAUGAAUAUCAGAGCUACGGAAACGAACCUCCACCACAGCGUCGAGCAGAGCGACGUCGACGGAACCCUGAGGAAGACGAUACCGAAUACCGAUUGGCCAUUGAAGCGAGCAAGUAUGAAGCGGAGGAAGAGCGAAAGCGACGAGCCAAGGAGGCUAUGGGGGCAGAAGACGACGAAGAUUUGGCCAAGGCGAUUAAGCUGAGCAAGGAAGAGGAGGAGCUGCGCAAGCGCGAGUUGGAAGAGAGCAACGCGAAGUCGCUUUUCGAUGAUACCCCUGUGCAGCCCGCUCCAGCACAAGCCACCGGUUACAACCAGGGAUACCAGCAGCAGAACGCCGUUGACUGGUUUGGAAACCCGAUCAAUCCCCAGCAGCCCUUGUCAACCGGCUAUUUGAACAACCAAUACGCGCAACCCACCGGCUUCCAAGGCCAGCCUACUGGCAUGUCCAAUGGAUACAAUGGUUUCGGACAACAGCCAAGUGCCUUUGACCAAAACCCCUACGGCCAGCCCCAGAACAACUUCUUGCAACCACAAUCCGCCCUUCAGCCCCAGCCUACUGGUUUUAGCACGAACAAUCCAUAUGGAUUGGAUGUUUUCUCCCAGCAACCGCAGCAGCAACAGCAACAGUUCCCGCAGAUGCAGCAGCAGCAGGAGAGCUACCCCUCGGCCGGCAGUAACAACCCUUGGGCUUCAAACGGCCAGCAGCCCGAUGCUCUGAAACCCAUGCCCACUGGAUCAAACAACCCGUUUGCCGCUCGCACCCAAUUCCAGCCCGCACCACAGCCAACCACUGGCCCCCCAUCUCUCAACACGCUUGCGGAAGAGCGUGCUACAAACCAAUUCCCCUCUUAUAACCCGAUUGCCAACUACCAGGCCCCACAAACAGCGUCUCCAUCGGCACCUGCACCGCCGAAGAGCACACCUCCCCAGAUGAACAACCCCCAUCACAACCGUCUCAACGCUCUUCUUGCCACCGGAGAGGGACAGGAUACGUUUGGUAACGUCGGUGACCUGCGUAUUCCCGCACAACAUACCGCACCGGGCACCUUUGUCAACUCUGCUGGUCAGGGUCUAGACCGGUUAAGAGCCACACACACAGGCAACAAUCCCUUCUAUGGCCAACAGCAGUUUGUUCCGCAGCAGACAGGGUUCGCUCAGCCCGCCAGCAACCCAUGGGGUGGUCAGCAGGCAUACCAACAGCAGCCACAGCAGCAUGGUGGUAGCCUGAUUGAUCUGUAA